AUGCCCAUCAUGCUGGAGAGCGCUCUUACCAGCAAUGUAUACAUCCUCAGCCAGAUGCUCUUCAACCGUUUCCCCGACAACUUCCUCGUUCGCAUGCUUGGUGUUUGGGAGGUUAGUUGCCUUAUUUCAUUUCCUCAUGGCCAAGUCGGCAUCGCCUACUACAUGUCUCCCCCUCACACCCUCAAGGCCGCCUUCCUCGACCCCAUCCACACCGCUAUCUAUGUCACUUUCAUCUUGACCGCCUGCGCUCUAUUCUCCAAGACUUGGAUUGAGGUUUCCGGAUCUGGACCUCGGGACGUUGCCAAGCAGCUCAAGGACCAGCAGAUGGUCAUGGCCGGUCACCGUGAAGGAAGCAUGUACAAGGAACUAAGCGCGUUAUCCCUACGCCGCUGCCUUUGGCGGUGCCAUUCUCGGUUGCUCUCCGUCUCUGCAGAUCUCAUGGGUGCGCUCGGUAGCGGAACUGGUAUCCUCAUGGCCGUCACCAUUAUUUACAGCUACUGGGAAAUCGGAAUGAGGGAAUCGGGUGGUCCUGAGAUGGCCGCACUUGGUGAUCUCAUGUGA